AUGUCGCACUCCACGCAUAAUUCUCCCAUGGUGGUAGUGAACACUGCUAGCGACAGACAACAAGUACCAUUGAGGGACUACCUGAACACACGAGUCGCGCCGUUCUUGAAGAAGGCCAUCACGCAAAGCUUGGAUGCCGAAGCAGAAUUUCCUCUCCAGUGGCUAGGAGAAUGCCUCAUCCAUCAGUCGAUCCUCUACGAAGGCAACCCGGACCGGACGAAUAUUCGCGAAAGAUUCCUCUAUAAGUUUGAAGACCCAAAACCGCAAGAGUCCGCAGAUGUAGCGGCUGCCUCACCAGCUGCCGCACCGCCAGCUGAACCUCCGCAUCGUUCACCGUCCGCGCAACCAGAGCAAACGCCCAUGCCGCAACCAGAGCAGACGCCCAUGCCACAACAAGAGCCUACCGAACUACAGUCUGAGGUUACCAUGAGCGAAGCGAGCCACGCUGUAGCAGAACAGCCGCAACCCCCACAAGUAGCUGAAGAGGAGACUGCGCCGCAACCCAUACCCGCAACAGAAGAGCCUGCUAUUAAUGGAGUCAAGGAGGGAGAAGAAGAGGCAGCGAGAGCAGGAGACACAUCAAGAGAUGCUGAUACUGAGAUGGGAGGGACAUCGUGA